UCGGUUAGUCGGUGGUUUUAGAUUUUUCUCCGGAAUUUUCUUGAAUAAUGAUUAAUUCAUUAUUGUUCUUUAAAGAUUAUUGUAGUUACGGUAAUAUGUGUAUAUUUGAAGUGAAAUAGAAUAUGUUAUCGCACAAUGAGUUCAACGUCAGCCGUGGUGUGCCGUGAGAUAUUUGACGAAAAUAGUCAGCCGUCUGCUGAAGAAAUCUCUGAAUAUGCUCAACAACUGGGCAUUGAUCCAGAAAGUGAAAGCCAUUUGCUUCCGCUGGCACGAGAUGGCCUCAUGCAGGCACUACCACCACCAUGGAAAGCUUACUACGAUGAAAAACUCCAAACACAUUACUAUUACAAUGAAGAGACAAAAAACACACAAUGGGAGCAUCCUCUGGACAAUGUUUACAGGGAGUUGGUGAAGAGGUCGCGAGAUGCGUCCAUGCAAGAUGACACAUGUGCUUCUGUGUUGGAACUUCCCACCUCAGAAGAGAUUACGAAAAAUCUCGAACGACUGGAGACAAAAGUGGAAAGCGAAGAUGACGAACUCUCAACAGACAGUGAUAACCAAACAGAUAUCAAAGAUAAUGCAUCUUCAACUUUAGUGCCUGGUGUUAAGCGUUUAACUCCAUUGGGUCGGCCGCCCCUCGCGCCUUUAGGAAGACUGGAUAAAAAAUUAAGUGAUAUACGUGUUUCGCCCUUAAGACGUAGCGCUGAAAGUACACCUUCGAAUAAACCAAAAUUAUUGAGGAACACUUCCGAUAGAGAUAUUUUAAGUCGAUCAACACUGGAGAGGCCAAAAAUGUUGUUCAAACAGCAUUCGGAGAUUAUAGAUCUUAAAAUGCAUGUGCUUAAUAGUCCUGAGGACGAGAAUUUUAGCCCUUUGCUUGUUGCUGCUAAGGUAGACAAGGGGUUGCCAUUAUCAGGUAAAGGCAGCAUGUUUCUUAGAAUGAGUAAAUCAGACUUACCUAGUCCUGAUACCGAUAAAUCGUUACCUUUGGAUUCGAUGACUAAAAGUGACCCUCCAAAAGGUAUAUUAAGGGAGAAAACGUCAGAUUCACUCUAUAAGAAGGCUGAGAAUGUAGUUGGAAGGCAACGCCAAGCGUCUAGCUUUGAUGAAGAUAGAAAGAUUGUAAGGUUUAAACUAGAAAACCCCCUGGAAUCAACAGUCAGUCCUGGAUCAAACAGUUCCUCAGAGCAGAAUGAUGGACAGAGUUCCAUCAUCAGUGCGGCUCCGGCGCCAUUACCAUCCCCUCUUAUACCUUCAUCCCCUGUUAUUCCAACACCAAUCAUUACAUCAUUACCGUCCACCAUUAAUCCUGGAAUUUUGUUGUCGCCAUUAGUGUCCAGGCCACCGCUACCUCCACGACCGGUAACAGAUAGUCCAAGAGAAGUUAAAAGUAUAUCUGGCUCAGAAAAAGAAUCUAUAGAAAGUGAAUCUCGUGAAAGCAAAAGCGUAUCCCCGCGUCGUCGUUUACUACGACCACCCGCAGCCGAUUACAUAAAACCGGAUCUAUUCCAAAAGAAUUUUCAAAAGAUAUCCGACCUCGUACGGCCGGGAGAUAUAGAGACUACUCCUGUGCAUUUAGAAGAACCAACUCUGGAUAAAGAAGCUAGACCAAGAUCUCCAAUGAUCCCGCAAAAGAAUAAAAUAUCAAUAAAUCUCAUGGAGAGUAUAGAGUCCGAGACGUCUAUAGACUCUCCAGAUAAGGAAUUCGCUAACUUAGAUUUAAAUGACCUAGAUGAAUUGAAUGAAGACAAAAAAUCUGAACAGACUGAUAAGAGUUUGAAUACACAAGAUCAAGAAAAAGCCAGUGGAAACGUGAAUGUAGAAAAUACAGACGGUUCAGAUAAAACUGAAAAGUCUGAUGUUAAUUCUAAAGUAUCUGUAACUAGUCAGAACAAAUCUUGUUUAGAUAACGCAAUACCUCGUAUCAAAGUUCCUAAUUUAGAUCUUACGGAACCAGCAAAAUUACAACAGUCGGAUUCAGAUAAUUUUAAAAAUGCUCCAAAGGAUGAUUCAAAAUCCGCAUCAGUUAGUAUUGAAUUACCCAAGACUCCACAGUUGAGAGUAUCACCUACGUCUAGUUACUGUUCGGAUUUACGAUCCCCUAGGGAGUUCAGUAAACUUUGGAGUCCACUAUCAACGUUUAGGCCUUUGAACAAAGCUGUAAUAGCUCCUCAAAUCAAAACAUCUGAAUCAGCUGCAAGCUUAGGCAAAAAUCUAACCAGCCCAAGAUUAGAUGGCGUUAUAUUAUCUCAAGGUAAAUCUAGUUCUGAUAAUGUGGUUGUUGUAUAUCAGUUUGAGACACAAGAAGAUGUGAAUCCGAAACCUAUAAAGUCUCCGUUGAUACCUGACAUGGGCACUAGAGAUAUGAUUGAGAGAAAUAAAGCGGAUGAAAGAAGGAGAUUAGAAUUGUUUUUGCAAAAAGAAUUAGAGAGUAUUAGGAUGGAAUAUGCUAGCAAAGAGAGAAAAAUGAAAGCUGAGUUACAAGAAGCUUUAAGAGAGGCAGAAGAGAAAUUUUUGACGGAAAAGCGGGUGAGGCUAGAAGAACAAGCCGACAGACAUCGUAGGGAGAUGGAGGAGGCAGUAUCAGCAGGUGAGCAGAAUCAUCAGCAAAAAUUGCAAGAGCUUUCCAAAGAUCUUGAAGAUCGUUAUCGUCGCGAGAGCGAAGCAGCUGAAAAACAGCAUACGGAGAAUAUGGACCGGCAGAGAGACAGCUACCGCGCCAGGCUUGCUGAGCAACGGGUAUUCUUGGAGAUAGAGAAUGAACGCGCACUAUCAGACCUUCGUGAACAACUUCAAGCGAAUUUGAAUAAAGAGAGAACACGUAUGAUGGACGAGAAUAGAGCUACUAUAGAAUCUCUGCGCGAGGAACAUACAGCUAAAGUGACUGAAUUACGACACGACUACAGAGCUGAGGUGGAGCGGCUGCGCAGCCAGCACGCGUGCCACCUGCAGGAGGUGCGCGCGCGCCUGCAGCGCCGCCCGCCGCCCGCCGACCUGCCCGACAAGUACCGCUGCCUCAAGCACAAGUACGCGCGCCUCAAGCACGACGUCAAGAUGUCAAUAGAACGUCGCAAUAAACGUCGAGAGAUGAGCAUGACCACCGGCUCCGAAACUGAAAAGUCCAAUUCACAUAAAGCUAAUCAAUCGCUUGAAAGAUGCAAGGAAGUGAACGAAACAUCAGUGAGCGCGGUCAUAGAACCCGAGCCCGCUAGGUAUCGUGUGAACAACAACCCAACGAUCAAGUACAAUGACAACGAGACCUCGCAUUCUGAAAGCAACGCUCAUAAAUCAUACAACGCAGACAAUAAUAAUGAAGACUGGAAACACAAACGCGAAUGUAGAGCACCAUCCGAAGAUAUUUCCCACGCGUCAGCAGGGAAGCAGCAACGGCCGCCGCGUCGUGCAGCCGUCGCGUUCAAAGAGCCACCAAGGCCGCGGAGAGAGAAACAAAAAGACACAGGCGCUACCACAGACUGCCAAGAUUCGUCAGAUGCAACGACAGCUGACGAGAAAUCCAAAGAUAAUGUUAAUGGACACGGUCGUCGAAGAUGUUUUACGAGGUUAAAAUCGGCGUCUACCUCACGUCUCAAUUACUCACCAAAGCGCGGCGAAGGCUGGUCGAGCCCGUUAGAAUCACUCCGGCAACAGUUGCGAAAACUGGACGACAUCGAAGAUCAGUUCCCGGACAUCGCGUGCCAAUCUGCGUACAGUCUUAGGUAUCCCUUCACUGAAAUUGGCGCGGUGUCGCGGGCGGAGCGCGCCGAGCUCGAGUUCGUGCGGCACCGCGCGCUCGUCGAGCGGGAGGGGAUGCGCCGCGCGCGCGCCUCGCUGCGUCGUCGCCGUGCCGCUCUUCGUGAUCGCGCUUCGCAUCAUGACACAGGCACGCAGGAAGGGACGACGAGUGAGGCGUCGUCGGGCAGCGACCCCGGCGGCUCGGCGGACGAGGCGGGCGGCUCGGCGGGGUCGCCGCGGCCGGCGGCGGGCGGCGUGCUGCGCUCGCUGCGCGCGCUGCACGCGGACGUGCGCGACAUCUGGCGGGCGCUGGACGCGCGGCGUGCGCAUGUUGCUUCACCAGAGUCGAGUUCGUGUCACGCGCCGACUACAUCGCAGACACGGAUGACGCUGUCGGCUCCAGAAGCGGCAACCGAUGACCACUCAGAUGGUGGGGUGGCGGAGAGAGCUAGAGGUCUGCGCGCUUGGCUGCAAACCGCCCCUUAAUUAAUUAAUACCAUGGGCUUUGAAAGCAUUACACCACUUGCCGUUUAAUAGGUGUCUACCAUAUCUAUGGUAGACAAAAAAUACUAAUAUGGUAGAUAAAAAUACUUUUUCAAAAUUUUUCCAUCAAUUUUUUUUGUUUUUUUUUAGUCAUAAAUCGAUAGGUGCUCACCAUAGAUUAAAAAAAUAUUUUCCCUUUUUUUCUUACUAAUUUUUUUUACCCUUUUGGUGGUAUUUUAUAUAUAAAUGGUACACCUGUUAUGUUCAUGGUACUUCACGACUAUAUCAAUAUCGUAGACUUAUCUGUAAAUACAAAUGUCUUAUGGACACUAUAUGACGUAAUUCGUAUCGUCUCUAAGCUGAUAUUUGAUGAUAUAUAGAUAGUACCAUCCUCGGUGUAUGUGAUACAUCCUAAACUGUGCAUUUAUUUUUAACUAUAAGAUAUAAAAUUAGAAUUUAUAUUACACAUAUAUGCCUUUACAAGCCUCCGAGCUGAACAUCAAUUUGAACUGGAGCAUGAUAUUUCCAUUAAUUCAUUAAAAUUUACAAAUUUUACAUUAAAUGAUUUUUUUUAAUGCUGUCUCGCACCGCACAAAGUACUAGUAAUAAUGUUUUUUUUUAUUAUAAGAGAACCCAUAGACCAGGGGUGCCGACUCGACUAGAUCCAAGAUCUACUGUUUACUGACGAAAGUCUGUUCGAUCUACCAAUUACAUACUUCUUGAAAUCUCAAAUGAAACAACAUAUUUCAGUACACAAUUAUGUAGUAUUGUAGUAUUUUUUAUUUUAUUAAGAGGAAAAACAUAAAAUUGAAAACUAUUCUUAGUAACUACUUAUUUAUAUUAGUGUGAGCAUUGCGUCUGAGCAUCUUCCGUUAGAUUAGCAAAUUUUUGCAUUGCUACGAUCGACUCGACUAAUAGUCGCGAUCGACCUGUUACCCGGCCACCCCUGGCGGGCAUAGAGCAAGAAAUUACUCUUUUUUUUUUAUAAAACAUUUCUAUCCUUUUGUUGCUUUCUUUUGAAUUAAGAAUAUAUAAAAAAAAAAUAAUAAAUAAAUACUUAAAAUAGGUUUGAUGUUCUAAUGAGUAAGAGAGAUAUGUACAAAUUUGACGUUCAUAAGCGGCUAAAAUGUCCUACAUGAAUAAAUGAUUUUUGAAUUUGAAUUUGAAAUUUGAAUUUGAAUUUGAGAUUAAUUUAUGAUAAAGAAUUUGCUAUUAUCGCAUUUUUCAAAACGGAAAUAUUAUGUUUUUAUUUCAAGAAAUAAAUAUAAAGUGGCAUAAUAUCAGAAAGUGCAUUACAAAACUAAGUUUUAUUGCUGUAAGCAUAAUCAAUCUCUGCUAUAAAGAAAAAUAUUUUUUUUUUUUAUGGUAUUAUUUACUUUUUUUUUUUGUUCUGUUUAUGAUUUAUUGUGUUCUCAACGAGGCUAGUUAGAUUUUUACAUUUAUAUUAAUUAGUUGUUUGAUGUGUGUUCACGAUGUGCGUAUUUAAAUUUAGAAUAUAUACAUAUCUAUCUAUAUAUCAUAAUAUAUACAGUAUGUUCGUUAACGAAGUCCAUUCAUUAAGACUAGUGUUAGUAAUCAUUAAUAGGGUAACGUAUUUUUUUCCAAAAAAAAAAAAAUGUUUACUACCAAAGCUUAAAAAAAUUAAAAUUCUUGGGAAAAAAAAUAUUCUGUUUUUGCACCAACGGCACUACAUAAUAAUGAGUUUGUAAUUAUCUUGUACUAUGUGGUAACGUUUUGGCAAAAUAAAAAUUGAAAAAGAAAAUUGUAGACUAUAUUAAUGAAUAUUAAUACAGGUUUUAAAGAAUAGAUUUCCUUAAUUAACAUACUGUAUAUUAAUUUGUAUUAAAUUCCGAGUUGUAUUACGAAAUAUGCUUUUAACAAAAGUAAUACUAGUCGAGGGUCAUUAUUUGUUAUUGAUUUUAAAAUUUUUAUAUGUAUCUAAUUGGAAGUUUCAAAAUUGCGCCUUACCAUGAGAGCAAGUAUUCAUAAUUACAAUUAAAAAUAAAAAAAACUAGUUCGUUUAUAAAAAAGCGCGGGAAAGCUAUCUUUACUUUUUAAAAGAAUCUCAUAUACGUACAUCGUGAUUUAUUAAUAAGUCUUUAAUUACGAUUAAUACGAUGGCUUAAUUCACAAAUGUACAUAUUAGUCAAUUUUACAAAUUACUGGCUCAUUUUUUUUUUGUAGUAAACCACGGCUCUGUUGCUUUUUGAUGAGAACGAAGCGUAGACAAAAUUAAACUGAAUCUAAAAACUUUUGGUUUUAAAACCAAAAAAAGUUUGUAAUAAAUACAAGUGUGAAUUGAGCUAUCGUCUAAUUUAAUACGUCUAUUGAUAUCUAGUCAAAUACCUCCCCUCGUCGUCCGAUAGAUGCGUCCCUUUCACAUCGUAAACGGUGGAAGGGGACAGCAUUAUUUGCCCUCUAGACGAGGUACAGAUGAAUCUAUUGAUGCGAUCAUUUCGAUCAGUGCACACAUGAAAAAAAAAAACAAUACAGCGCCAUCUCUUUCUAUUGCAACGAGUCGCUAACAGUUACGAUUCUAUCAAUAGAAUCGUUUGUACUUUGUUUACGGCGCCUGUUCGAUUGGCGAAAACGUACAUUCUUUGCCUUGCUUUAAUUAGUAACUACAUUCCUAGACAUAAGAUAUCCAAUGUUUAUGUUGUGAUAAUAAAUUACUUAUAAAUAACGAUAAAUUAAGUAUUUAUAAUUAAUUAAUGUGAUAUAAGAGCUAAAAAUAUUUGAUUUAUUUAAUAUUUUAAUGUGGAAAUGUUAACAUUUAUAACUAUCAAUCAUUUGAUGAAUUAACAGUGUUGCCAUUUUAAAUCAUAAACGUAAAAAGGGCGUUAAAUGUUUGUCUUUAUGUCUGUUUUAAUAAGGAUUUUCUCUUUGAAAGUUGGUAAAAUAAUUAAAGUCCUAUACAACUGAAGAGGCCGAAUAUUAAGCGCGCGAGAUAUUUAUCUAGUACAUACAAAAUGCAUAAUAAUCUAGUCAAGAUAUAAUUAUCUAGUCUUUAUAAUAAGCAGCCGAAUUCAUGCGACGCUGGAUAAAUGAGAAGGUAGUGUAAGAUCAGCGUUGAAUUCGCUGGAUUCAACGCUGAUCUCACAAAACAAAAUAGGAUUUUUUUUUUGUGUGAUAACAAAUUGCUGUUGGAUCUAGAUGGCGCUGUGUUGUAUAUCCAACUGCCUAUACGAGUAUAAGUGAAAUAUCUAGCGUCUUAUUCUUUCUCAUACAUGCAAUGUAUGCGUAUGUAUGAGAAAGAAUAAGACACCAGACAUUCCUUUUUGUAUUACUUGAUAAAUGUGUUUGCCAUUUGUGUUGAGGGCUGGACAUAUCAACGCCAUCUAGUAACGAUGAAGUAAAGACAGUUUAUUAAAAUUAAUUUCAUUACAGUGCUGAACUUACAUUGAGUUUUAAAACCGAUCAAUGCCAUCAAAUAUAUCCUAUAUAAAUAAAUCAAUUAUUUUAUUGAUUGAAAUUUAGUCACAUGGGGACCGUUAGUUUUGGAAGGUUUUUUUUUUAUACAACUUAGAAUGGCAAACAAGCUGACGGCCCACUUGAUGGAAAGUGGUAACCGUCGCCUAUAGACAUGAGCAGUACCACGGACAUAACAGAGUAUACUGUUUCGCCCAUGAUGGGGUAAUUUUUAUAAAUAGGGCAUCCAUUCCAGUAACGUUUAUAUGUAUAAAAAUAUUUAUGGCUCUUAUAGAACACGUUAUCGUAAAUAAUUGUAGCGGAGAUAUAAUGGUUGCAUGCUGCUUUAAAAACACGUUCGACCAUUGAAAAGUAUGCACUAAUAUUUGGUGAAAAAAAAAAAAAAAAAAGAAAUUGUAAUUAACAAUCGUGUAAUCGAUUGUUCGCAACUUUAUCAAACAACUUUGUCCGUGAUCUAACAUUUUAGUGUGAUUCCUUAGCCAAAUAAUAUUGUAGAUAAUUAGGUACUUAGUACUAGUCACUCAAUAAUGUCAUAGUCAAAGGUGUAGAUAAAGUGCUAAGUACGACGUUAGCGAACGUCGUUAGCUGGUUUGUCUAAGAAGUUAUUGUCUGAGGAGUUUAUAGGUUGGAUUUUCUUUUAUUAAAAUUGAUGUAAAUGAAAAUUCUUGUCUGAAAAAUUUAUAAGGAACAUUUCCUUUUAAUAUUUUCAGACAGUGUUGCCAACAUUUCAAUAAUUAUUAGUUACCACUUUAAAUAUGGUGUGUUGCCAUCUCUUAACUUGUUUACCAUAUACUGUAGUAUAAAAAUUCUAGACAGUACCUCAGCCACAAUAACUUUUAUACAUACUAUUCUAAUCUUAUUGUCAAUAUGACAACUACACUACCAUAAGUAUAUGCUCACUGCUAUAUGAAUAAUAAAAAAUAAUAAUGAUCAAUUAUU